ACACUAAACCAGUCAUUACCUCAGAGUUUUAAGGGUAUUACUAUUUACCGGAGUUGGUGAUCCAGAUAAAACGUGAAGAUUAAUCUACAACUUUCUCACAAGUCACAAUGAAGAACCAGGCUGGGAAACAUAUUAUUCCAUAUUCACCAGGCUCUGCAAUUCCUGUUGAGAGGCCUCUAAGAGGAGUGCUAGCUAGCCAUUGCCAUGCAUCACCAAAAUUCAGAUGGGGUAGAUUUGAUUCAGUAUUUAGUAGGAUGAACAGCUUCAGUGAAAAAAUAGAUUCUUUAGCAGAAGGCAUCAGAGAGCAUGUGAGAAUAAGGUCCAUAACUGAAACUAUGAAAGGGAAGUUGAGCUUAGGAGCAAAAAUCUUACAAGUAGGUGGAGUGAAGAAAGUGUUCAGACGAAAUUUUAGUGUGAAAGAAGGGGAGAAGCUAUUGAAAGUUUGUCAAUGCUAUUUGUCGACCUCAGCAGGUCCAUUGGCAGGGCUUCUCUUUAUUUCCACUGAUAAGGUUACCUUCUGCAGUGAAAGAUCGAUCAAAGUUUCUUUCCCUACUGGAGAGUUUCACAGAAUACGUUACAGGGUCGUCAUCCCACUUGGAAAGAUCAAGAAAGUGAAUGAGAGCGAAAAUAUGAAGCAGCCUUCAAGGAAGUACAUGCGGAUAGUUACAAGAGAUGAUUUUGAAUUCUGGUUUAUGGGACUCUUGAAUUAUGCAAGAACAAUCAUAUCUAUUCAGAAUGCCGUCUCUCAUGCACAAUGAAUUGAACUCGGAUCAAAAAUCAGCAAAAUGUAUUAUACCCUGAAUCUCUGAUGCAACUGGAAAUACACUAAGCUAUGUAGUUAGCAGUGCACUAGUAGUAAGUAGUAACCUAGCUUAGGGUGUACAUAUUUUGUUUCUUAAAAUUCAUCUGCCUUGAUGAAAAGAUUUGCUUGUAAAUGAAGAUGUCAAAAUUUGUUUAUAUAAUGUGUUUCCCCAUGAUUCGGUUGC